AUGCUCCUCGUCCUGCUCGUUUCCACCUUUCAGCUGGGUCCGUUUGCUCCUCCUCCUCUUCCUCCCGUGACCCUGAAGGAGAGAGAGGUCGUAGAAACUGCCACCACUCCAAGGUUCGACAUCUUCGUUCAUCCCUCCAGCGAGGAUCGCUACAUCUCUCUCUCCCUGCAGCGAGAGGGCAUCUGGGAGGACGAUGUGCAUCGCCGUAUGCAGCAGCUGCUGGGGCGGUACAGGGACGGGGCUCUUUUGGACGUAGGAGCCAACAUCGGGUUCCACUCGCUGGCGGCAGCGGCAGCGGGUCAUGAUGUCAUAGCAGUCGAACCUGUGGAUCAGAACUGCCUGCUCUUCAACAAGAGCAUCAUCGCAAACUCGCUGAACAACAUCAGACUCCACAAGCUGAUCGCGGGCAACGAGAGCGAUGCGAGGAAGUGUAUGCAUGUUUCAGACAUCAACAAAGGCCACAGCUUCGUCCGACCUCAGCAUCUCCACCAUGACAUGGAGCAGAAACCUCACGGUGUGUCGUUUGUCGAUCAGAUCGGACAUGUUGUAUCCCGCAUCCUCUCCAGGAGCAGCUCAGAAGCUCCAGCCAGCGUCCUCGAGGACUAUCACCACCAGCGACACUCCUUGAAUGACUGCGAGUUCCACCAGUCAACAACUCUGGACCAGGUUCUCCGUCAGGACCAAGACAUCUCGCAGAGGUUGCUUGUCGCCAAGUUUGACGUUGAAGGCUACGAGCUGCAGUCGCUGGCAGGCAUGCGUUCUACUCUGCUCUCCCCGUCCGCUCCCUGCUACCUGCUCGUCGAGCUCUUCCCAAGGCUCCUGGAGCAGCAGAGGACGAGGACGGUGAGGGAGCGCUGGUGCUGA